AUGAUGGAAGGGGGUUCCUCAGGGAAGAAAAAAAGAGCUGCUAAGAGCCAAGAUCACGACUUUGCACAGUUGAUCUUUUCAUGGUCUCUGGACGACAUACUCAAUGACAACCUUUAUGAACACCAGGUGGAGAAAAUACCACUUACUUUCCAAUCUGAAGAACACUACUUUCGUUCUUUUGUGUAUCCUUUGCUUGAGGAAACACGUACUGAAUUGGCUUCCAGUAUGAAGAUGAUGUACAAAGCUCCAUUUUCUGAAAUUUCUUCUUUUAAGAAGGCCAAAGGAAAAGAGAAAACGAUGUAUGAUGUUACUGUUGCUACUUGGAGAAACAGUGAACGCCGAAAAGAGCCUUAUCAGACUUUACCUGGUGAUCUGCUUAUUGUAACAAAUGGAGGACCCGGAUCUGUUUCUGAUUUGCAGAGUGUGGGUAGUACAUGGGCUUUUUUAUUAGUAAAUAACACGGAGGAUGAUGAUAGUGGUACACCCGUACAGUUUAAAGUCACUGCAUCACAAAAGAUUGAAUUCCAUGAUGGGAUGUUUGUUGCUUUCUUGAUGAAUAUAACAACCCAGAAAAGAAUCUGGAAUUCAUUGCACAAGCAUGUAAAUCUUGAUAUUAUCAAAGAGAUUCUUUACCCUGAUUCAGUGGUUAAGGAGAGGUGUGAUAUGUGUUCAUUAGGUUGCAAUAGUUCUGUCCAGAGAUUUGAUCAAAGUCUUGUUUCUAAACUGAAUGAAUCCCAGAAAGCAGCUAUUAUGGCUUCGAUUGGUAAAAUGGAAUGUUGCCAUAAAUCCUAUGUGGAACAAAUAUGGGGACCCCCUGGAACAGGGAAAACGAUGACAGUAAGUGUGAUGCUCUCUAUCUUCUUGCAAAUGAAGUGUAGGACACUUACGUGUGCUCCAACUAAUGUUGCCAUAGUAGCAGUAGCCUCACGUGUUCUAAGCUUGGUAAAGGAAUCAUCUAAAACUAUAACUGCAAAUGGUGAUUCGUUUUGUUCCAUUGGAGAUUUGCUAUUGUUUGGCAACAAGGAGAGGUUGAAAGUUGGAAAAGACAUUGAAGAAAUCUAUCUGGAUCAUCGGGUUGAGAAGCUUACAGAGUGCCUUGGAUCUCUGACUGGUUGGAAGCACUGCAUAAAAUCUAUGGUUGAUUUACUUGAAGAUUGUGUUUCUCAAUAUCAUGUAUUUGUGGAAAAUGAAUCGAUGAAAGAAAAACAGGUUACAAAUGAAAACAAAAGUAAAACCAACAACUUGAAAGUCAAAUCCUUCAUGGAGUUUGUGCGAGAACGAUUCAGUUCUUUUGUACAACCACUCAGAAGGUGCAUUAUCACAUUCUGUACUCAUAUCCCAAGAAGUUUCAUGAAGCAAGAAAAUUUCCAAACUAUGGUCUCUCUUUUGGAUAAUUUAAGCUCUUUGGAAUCGUUGUUGUCCCAAAAGAACCUGGUUUCUGAAGAACUUGAGAAAAUUUUCGUUUCUAAACCGUUGGAAGGUGAUUUUGUUAAGUCAGGUGACAUGUCAUCGAUCAAUUCUGUGAGAAUCAUGUCUCUUUCUCUUCUAAAAAGGCUGCAGACCUCUCUAGGAGGACUCAAGCUGCCAGGUGGCAACAGACAUGCAAUAACACGGUUUUGUUAUGAAAGAGCUUCUCUUUUAUUCUGCACAACAUCUACCUCCUACGCGUUACAGAAAGUCAAAAUGGUGCCUUUGAAGUUAUUGGUUAUAGAUGAAGCUGCUCAGAUGAAAGAGUCUGAAGCCAUCAUUCCCCUUCAAAUUCCUGGAAUGAAACAUGCUAUUCUCAUUGGAGAUGAGUGCCAGUUACCUGCAACGGUUAAAAGCAAUGUUUCAAGUGAAUGCGGAUUGGGAAGAAGCUUAUUUGAAAGAUUGAGUUUGUUGGUGUUAGGUAAAAUAUGA